AUGGGGGGCGACGGGGCACCCCCUGACCCGUGUCCAGCACACGGGUCAGGGGUGUUCCAGUGGAUGGGAAAGGCCGAGUGUCACUUCAUCAACGGUACCGAGAGGGUGAGGUUCGUGGAGAGGUACAUCUACAACCGGCAGCAGUUCAUGCACUUCGACAGCGAUGUGGGGGUCUUUGUGGGGGACACCCCCUUUGGGGAGAUCCAGGCCAGGGACUGCAACAGCCAACAGGACGUGCUGGAGCCCAGACAGGUUGCAGUGGACACGUACUGCCGGCACAACUACGAGGGAUCCACCCUGUUCUUUGUGAACCGCAGAGUGUCCCCCAGCGUGUCCAUCUCGCUGGUACCAUCGAGCUCCCAGCCCGGCCCCGGCCGCCUGCUCUGCUCCGUGAUGGAUUUCUACCCUUCCCCGGUUCAGGUGAGGUGGUUCCAGGAUGGGCAGGAGCUGCCGGAGCACGUGGUGGCCACCGACGUGGUCCCCAACGGGGACUGGACCUACCAGGUGCUGGUGAUGCUGGAAAUGCCCCCCCGGCGCGGGGUCACCUACACCUGCCAGGUGGAGCACGUCAGCCUGGAGCACCCCCUCAGCCGGCACUGGGAGAUGCCACAGGACAUUGUCCACAGCAAGAUCCUGGUGGGGGUCGGGGGCUUCGUGUUGGGUUUCGUCUUCCUGGCACUGGGGCUCGGCUUCUACCUGCGGGAGAAGCUCCUGAGCCGGUGGUGGCCGCAGCCCCUCCCCGUGGCCUCGGGCCCAGCCGGGACCCCCCAGUCCAUCCCCUGCUGGAGUUUGGGG